UCUGUUGGAGAAGAACUAGGGAGCUGUCAUACAGGCAGCAGUGACCUCUCACCUCAGCUUCGGAUAAAUGACCCGGAGAUUUGGCAUCUCCCGCCCUCCACAAUACGAAUGAACCUUCUUCAGGUUCUCCAGGCCCUCUUGAUGGGGUUAUUUCUGGAAGUGGCUUCCAGCCCAAAUGCCUGCAGCUGUGAACAGAAAGGGAACUCCUGCAUGGUUGUUCCCUGUGGACUGCCUGGGAGCAAUGGGUUACCGGGCAGAGAUGGAAAGGAGGGAUCAAAAGGAGAAAAAGGUGACCAAGGAGCCAGAGGGACACUGGGUCCUCCGGGAAAACUUGGGCCCCCUGGAACAAAGGGAGACAAAGGUGUCUCUGGCCUCAAAGGACAGAAGGGAGACAGUGGAGGUAAUGAAAUUAAUCAGCUUAGAGCCCAAAUGAGUGCUUUACAAGCUGAAAUGAAGAGUCUACAAGCUACAAUCAACAAAAUCCAAAAGGCUGUUCUCUUCCCAACGGGUAGAAGUGCCAAUGGGAAACUCUUUCUGACCACUGGUUCUGAAGGCAACUUUGAGACAGCAAAAAAGACAUGUUCUGAAGCUGGCGGUCUGGUGGCAUCUCCAGGGUCUGCCAGUGAGAACAGCGCCUUGCAACAGAUGGUAAAUCUGCAUGGCAAAUCCAUAUUUCUUGGGAUGAAUGACCAGCAGACAGAGGGCAUCUUCCGGUUCCUGAAUCAAAAGCCCGUCAGCUACACCAACUGGUCCCCAAAUGAGCCCAAUAGCAGUGGUGGGGAGGAGGACUGUAUAGAAUUGUAUUCCAAUGGAAAAUGGAAUGACAAAUCAUGUGACAAUAAAAUGCUAAUUGUCUGUGAAAUCUAAGAUCUGGGCAUCAGAAUGUAAUUGAAGCUCCAUUUACUGCCUCCAUUUCUCAAAGCCUAACAUUUUUUCAGGGUCCUGAAUACCUCCCUGGGAGGAAAGCAACCCUGUCGGCUUGCUGAUGUUUACUAGAGGAAUACGAAUGCAUUUUUAAUACAGCCUUGUGUAGUUUCUCUCUGACCUGAGAGUCCCUGCAGACAGGACCA